CCUCCCCCAAACAUGAUAACGGCUCGUCCCUCCGCAUAGUUCCGCGUCGUCUCGCCCAAGUACAGACCUGUUCUGCUCUGAGAGCCACGCGACGCAAAGAUGAGACCGUCCAGCGGAGUCCUGUACCUGCUCCUAGCGCUAAACAUGGCCAGUACCGCGCCCGUCCCCCCGCUAGCCAGACGGUCUAUUCGCAUUGAAGUUCACUACGUGGACGUUAACGGGGACCAACGGGAUGCAAACCAGGCAGUCGACACGUUCUACAACAGUAUCAACGCCUUGAUUAACGGUGACGUUCCCACAACUACAGAUGAGGCAGUUCUACGCACUGACAUGACCGGAAGCGGAAAUGACGACACCGCAGACGUCACCUCUCCAGGUCCCGGUGAUGCUGACCCUGGAGGAGCAUCUACCAACUCCGUGACCUUGCCAUGAAGCUCAAGUAGGACCCGGCCAAGGUCAUCGGGCCAGACCAGUGAGGAUCUUAGAGGGGUGUGUUAUGGUUGAAGACGUAUUUCUCGACAUAGGUCGGUUAGCAAGUUUAAAAUCAUUAGCCUAGAGUUACAAUGGCUGAAUUAGUUGUAGGGUCUUUCUUUAAAUCAGGUGUGGACUUUUAGGUCUACUUUUGAUCUUUUACCACUUUGUGCCUUUGUAGGAAUGUAAAACAGUUCGCUUAAACAUUCCAGUAAAAAUGGACUUAUGCAAACAGUUGGCAAUAAUAGCAAAGUCAGCCUAUUGAUAUGAUCAAUCCCAUUUGUACGAACGUAC